AUGGGUAAGGAUAAGGUAAUGGAAUUGAUAGAUAAAUUCAUAGACCUAGGUAGGAUAGGAGAGUGGAUAAAGGGAAUAGAGAUGAUGGUAGAGAUCAUACUGAGAAACAGAAAAAUUCCGUACGGGUACAACUCUUAUUUGAACGAAGUGAAAAAAAUGCAUUCUUUGUUGUCUAAUAGAACAAACACUAAUACCUUAAUUGAGUCGGUCAAGAUCAAAUCUGUUUAUCAAAGUGCUUCUCCGAUUGCUCAAGACAUCUCUUUUCAACUGAGAAAGAAAACAAGAUCAUUUCGUUCCAUUUUUAGUAGAAUAGUUAAGGAUAUUCCAUUAGUAAUGAAAAAAGGGGUUGAGGGGAUCCGUAUAUGUUGUUCAGGUCGAUCAGAAGGCGCAAAAAUAGCUAGAACUGAAUGCGGAAAGUAUGGAAAAACAUCUCGUAAUGUAUUUAACCAGAAAAUAGAUUAUGCUUCUGCGGAAGUAUCUACUCGUUACGGAAUCUCAGGCAGAUGUAGUAGGGGUUGCAAACCAGACGGAACAAAACUAGGUUUUAGAAGAUAUGGCACUCAAAGUUGUAGAGCUGGUCGUCUUUCAUAUCGAGCCAUUGAAGCAGCGCGUCGGGCUAUAAUCGGGCACUUCCAUCGUGCUAUGAGCGGACAAUUCCGAAAAAAUGGUAAGAUAUAG